AUGGAAAUUGAAACCUUGAUGGAUAAUGACCUUAGAACAGGGGAUGAAACAUCACCAAUGUUUCUCAAGGAAAUUGAAAAGUCAAAGAUUUCUAUCAUUAUAUUCUCUGACAACUAUGCAUCUUCACCGUGGUGCUUAGAUGAACUCGUUAGGAUCCUUGAAUGUAAAAGAACUCAACAACAAAUUGUUUUGCCAAUUUUUUACAAAGUGGACCCCUCAGAUGUCAGAAAGCAAACUGGCACUUUUGGUGAGGCAUUAUUUAACCAUGAACGCAAGUUCAAUGAUGAUACAGAGAAGGUAUUGAGAUGGAGGGCAGCUCUUAGGGAAGCAGUUGUUUUGCCUGGGUAUCUCUUCGACCACGGGCAUGUAUCCCAAUUGAUUCAUCGCGUGUCUGAACAUAUUUCACAAUUAUUAAACCGUAAUUAUUUGAAAUAUGAGUUCAACUAUCCAAUUGAAAUAGAGUGUCGCGUACAAGAUAUGCACGAUCUUUUAGGCAUUGGAGACCCUGAUGUUCGCAUGGUAGGUAUAUUGGGUGAUGGUGGAAUGGGUAAGACAACAAUUGCUAAAGCUGUAUAUAAUUCAGUGGCCCAUAAGAGACAUAAGAUUGGGGUGAACAGUAUUGUUGGAAGAAUCCAAGUGAUGAAGAACAUGAUGCGCCGAAAGAGGGUUCUCGUAGUGCUUGAUGAUGUGAGUCGAAAGAACCAAUUAGAAAAAUUAGUCGGAGAAUUUAAUUGGUUUGCUUCUGGCAGUAGAAUUAUCGUAACAACAAGAUUUGAGCAUGUACUCGAUAAUUAUCGAGUAGACCUAGCAUACAAGGUCAAGAAAUUAGAGUUUGAUGAAGCUUUGGAGGUCUUCAGUUCUAAUGCCUUCCCAAGCAGUAGGCUUCCGGAUGAUCCUGAUUACGAAAAACUCGCAACUAGGCUCGAGGACGUCCAUUAG